UUUUUAUUAAAAAAACAGAAUGUCAGUGUUUUCUGAUCACAAGAAAACAACAAGAAAGAGUUUCCACCUGCCUUUAGAUUCGCAUUUUGUAAUAGCAGCAAUGUGUUAAUUGUGAUUUUGCACAAGUCACAAGCAAUCCAGCAUGAAAAAAAAAGAGAGAGAUAGAAACACACAAGAAAUGCCAAAGUUGGAGAAGAUUCACUGUCCAUUUGGAUUGUAGCAUCCGAUUUUCUUCAUAUAGAUAGAUUAGCACCUUUCAUCUUUUGUGAAAAACAAAAGUCAUUAAAUCUCUGGGAGAAGAUGGAGCAACUGGGGCAGCAAGAAUGUUAAUUAGGUUUGUCGACAUUGAUCUUUUCAUCACCAUAUACCAAUAUACCAUGGUAAAGACAAGGAAAGAGUUUGUCAUAGAUGAAUGCCACUAACUUGAUUUUCCUGUAAAAUCAUAUCAAUGAGCAACAAUUUUGGCAUAAUUUGGUGCUGACUCCACCACCACCAUUAAAAGUUUAGGACCCAUCAUCAUUUCCUUAUGUUGGAAGUAGUAGUAUCUAGUGCACUAGUUCAAAAUAAAGAAAGUUGAUCUUUUUUUCUUUCUAGUUUGAUAAGAGAAAAAGAGAAGUCAUGACCUGAAAGGUAGAUUGAGACAUUGAAGUUCAAGAAUUACGUAUACCCAAAUUAUCAGUGAAGUUUUAAGGGAUCCAAUAAAUAAAGAACACAUAAAAUUUGCGCACGAAAGAUUAACGCUUUCGGUUUAAGGAAUUUGCGCACCUGUUGUUUAUAAAUCACCAAAACACUGGUAAAAGGUUGCUUAUCUCUUUGAAAUGAUUGAUAAAUAAGGUAGGUAAAGCCAACUCUGGCUGCAUUAGUCAUGCAGUAUCUGUAAAGGUAUCGUAUGGAUUAAAGAAGAAAGGUUUAAUCCUCCUAUAAUACGCUAAUAAUACCCCGAUUAAACAAAAGAAAUGAGUAUAAAUUCUUCAUUCUUCAAGAGAGCUUUUACAAAAAGGAAGGUUAGUUAAACAGAUAAUGCACUACCAGUAGACACUGGCCUGGAUAGUGAGUAUAAAUAUUAGUGUAGCACAUAAAUUGUACUUCCUGUUGGUAGUAGUACAUAGUACACUACUAGUACAAGAAAUCACCAUAUAUGAAAUGAAAAAACUGAGUCAAUUUUUACGACUGAGACUAUUCCACUUAACAAAAAAAUAAAUCUGCAACCUAUGACUGAAUCCUCCACCACCACCUUCCAGUCCUCGUCAUUAUGCCGCUUCCGUAUCCAGGGCAUGACAUGCAGUGCCUGCUCACUUGGUAUAGAAUCUACCCUCCAGAACAUUCAUGGUGUCAAAAGAGCUACAGUUGCACUAGCCACUGAGAUAGCUGAAGUCGAAUUCGAUCCCGGUUUGGUCACUUUAUCUCAAUUGCUUGAAGCAAGUGAAGACAUGGGUUUUGAAGUUUCUGUAAUCUCCUCAGACGAGAACACGACCAUUCUUUAUCUCAAACUCGAGAAUUCAGUCGGAGAAGAAGAACUGUUAAAGACCAGCUCCAUUGCAAGAUUAAAAGGUAUUGAAGCCAUAGAGCUCGACCAAUCUAACAAGCGCUUAACCAUCUCUUAUUUAUCUGAUUUAAUUGGACCCAGAAAGAUAAUAUCUGAACUUGAAUCCAGUGGAGUCCAGACAUCACUUCUUGACGAGAAAGAAAAACAAGCUUUUGAACUGAAAAACAGUGAUAUCACAAAUUCAUACCGCAGCUUCCUCUGGAGCCUUGUCUUCACAAUACCAGUGUUCUUUACGUCCAUGGUAUUCUCCUACAUUCCUGCCUUCAAACAAGGUUUCCUGGAGAGAAGAGUAGUUAAUAUGCUCACAUUUGGGACACUCUUCCGGGGUGUAUUGUCCACUCCGGUGCAAUUUGUCAUCGGCUGGAAGUUUUACAUUGGAGCUUAUAAAGCCAUGAAGAUGCAUUGUGCCAACAUGGAUUGCUUAGUCGUGGUUGGUACAAAUGCUGCUUAUUUCUAUUCAGUCUAUGUUGUGAUCAGGUCUUCAACAUCGAAAGAUUUCGAUAAUGAAGAUUUUUUCGAAACAACUACAAUGCUGAUUUCCUUCAUUCUUCUUGGAAAGUAUUUAGUUGCAUUGUCAAAGGGGAGGACGAGUGACGCCAUAUCGAAACUCAUGAAGCUUGCGCCUGAGACCGCAAGAUUGAUGGUUUAUGAUGAAGAGGGAAGAUUAACCGCAGAGGAGGUCAUUGAUAGGCGACUAGUUGAGAAAAAUGAUUUGGUGAAGGUUUUACCGGGAGAGAAGGUCAGUGUAGAUGGAUUAGUGGUAAUGGGAGAGAGCCAGGUGGACGAGAGUAUGAUCACCGGGGAGUCGAAGUGGGUUAGUAAGGCGAACGGUGAUGAAGUGAUCGGUGGGACGAUGAAUGGUUCUGGAGUGUUGCAAGUGCGAGUGACAUGUGUUGGGUCACAUACUGCAGUUUCUCGUAUCAUACGGCUUGUUGAGGGAGCUCAGAUGGAGAAAGCCCCGGUGCAGAAGCUAGCUGAUCGAAUUUCGCAGUACUUUGUCCCAUUGGUGGUUGGUUGUGGGAUUGUGACAUGGGCAUGCUGGUACACUUUGGGGAUGUUAGGCCUGUAUCCAGGAGAGUGGGUUCCAUCUUACAUGGAUAAGUUUGAGCUGGCCUUACAGUUUGGGAUAUCAGUGGUGGUGGUUGCUUGCCCUUGUGCCUUAGGAUUGGCCACUCCUACAGCUGUGAUGGUAGGAACUGGCGUAGGUGCUUCUCAGGGUGUACUCAUAAAAGGAGGCCAAGCUGUUGAAAAUUCACACAAGGUGAACUGCGUGGUGUUUGACAAGACGGGGACGUUAACAGCUGGAAAGCCAACAGUUGUUACUACCAAUCUGCUUACAAUCAUGUCUCUUGUAGAGUUUUAUCAAUUGGUGGCCGCAACUGAGGUUAACAGCGAGCACCCAUUAGCCAAGGCCAUGGUAGAACACGCAAAGAACCAUGCACAGAUGCAGACCUGGCCAGAGGCUUGUGACUUUGAGUCAUUUACAGGCCAUGGAGUCAAGGCUACAAUCAACGGAAAACGCGUUUUAAUAGGAAACAAAGGUCUAAUGCAAAAAUUUGACCAUCAAAUUCCUAGUGUUGCAAUUGAUUUCCUGGAUGCUGCACAAUGUCUGGGUCAUACUGCAGUUCUUGUGGCUGUUGAUGGACAUGUCAUGGGAGUUAUUGCAAUCUCAGAUCCUGUGAAGCCAGAAGCAAGUAGAGUAGUAUCAAUCUUAAAGAGAAUGGGUUUAAAGACUUUGAUGGUAACAGGAGAUAGUCAACUGACAGCAAAUGUUGUUGCCAAAGAAGUGGGUAUUGAUUUUGUCAUGGCAGAAGCCAAACCUGAAGAAAAAGCACAAAAGAUUAGGGAAUUACAGAGGGAAGGGCUCACGGUGGUGAUGGUUGGAGAUGGCAUUAACGACUCGCCCGCAUUAGCUGUUGCAGAUGUUGGAAUGGCAAUUGGAGCCGGCUCUGACAUAGCUAUCGAGGUUGCAAAUAUCGUUUUGAUGAGAAGCAAUCUGGAAGACGUAGUCACUGCUAUCGACCUCUCUACGAAGUCAUUCAACAGAAUCCGCUUAAACUACGUGUGGGCACUAGCUUACAAUGUCAUGGCGAUACCCAUUGCUGCGGGAGCCUUGUACCCGUUUGUCAGGUUUCGGCUACCACCAUGGGUUGCUGGUGCUGCUAUGGGUGCUUCCUCAGUGAGCGUUGUUUGUUCUUCACUCUUUCUCAAGUAUUACAAAAGACCACGAGAACUCGAUUCUCUCGAAUUACAAGGAAUCCAAGUCAAAUAAGUAAGUGAUUGGCGCAGUCACAGAGAGUGAAACUCAGUGGCACUAACUGAUGAAAGUGCCGACAGAACAUCCUUCCCACAGUUUGUAAUGUGUGAGCCACAGAUAUUGUUAAUGCCAAACUGGUUCUGUCCACUGACUUGUGAAUCAGGUGAUUCAGCUAAAAUUUAUGUUCAGACUCCAAACAAGAGUUUCCCCGUGAAAAAAUCACCAGUUUUUUUUUUUGAA